AUGUUCUCUCUGUGUGUCUCUCCAUUUUCACCGGAUGUUCUCUCCGUGUGUCUCUCCAUUUUCGCCGGAUGUUCUCUCCGUGUGUCUCUCCAUUUUCGCCGGAUGUUCUCUCCGUGUGUCUCUCCAUUUUCACCGGAUGUUCUCUCCGUGUGUCUCUCCAUUUUCACCGGAUGUUCUCUCCGUGUGUCUCUCCAUUUUCACCGGAUGUUCUCUCCGUGUGUCUCUCCAUUUUCACCGGAUGUUCUCUCCCAGUAUGAAUUACAGCUGCUUGGUGUUCACAUUUGUGGCAGGUCUGCCUUACUAGGUGAAGAAGCUUCUUUGUGCCUUAUCCAGAAUGCAUUCUUUGACCAUCAACCAGCUGCUGACCUGAGUACUGACAAUCACAAAGAUGGUGGAGAAGCUCCUGCCUUGCAAAGAAACAACAUUCAAAAACAACCACCCACUACUUGUUGA